UAUCGGAUGCAAUUGGUGUGAAGUUCCCGGGUAGCUAAACGUUAUCAUCAUAUGUGCGAUUGGUAAGGGUCAGGAAAAGCUGUACACCUGAGUCAGGUAUUAAACUUUUAUAGUUUAACCGAUAGCUGCCUAAGUGUUGUUCGUAAGUGUUAUUCAUGAGUGCGCGUUUACUCUAGCUGAAGCACUGUACUGAGACGCUAGCUUAGCUUUAUAGUUAUGAAGCAUAUAUUAAUCUUAGUAGCCAUAGUAUCAGUGAACAAUGUGGAACUGCAGAAAAUCAUUGGUGAAAGAAGUCUAGAUCUUUCGUGGCAUAUCGAAAAUUCUAAUGGAACAAUACGGUUGGAAAAUGUGUCUCUACCGUCCGGAAUCUACAGUGCUUUGGAAGAAGCCCGGGUGAUUCAGUCUAUCUACGACUUAAAAAACGACCUAAGCACAAAGUGGGUAGCACGUGAAAGCUGGACCUACUGGCUGGAUCUACCGUGUGAAGAGCAGGAACUGAACUACGAACACGUGCUACUAUCCCUGCACGGAGUUGAUACUUUUUCGAAUGUUUAUCUUAACGAUCAGUUGCUAGGAGCAACGAGCAACAUGUUCGUUCGCUACCAUUAUGAUGUUAAGCCCAUCCUACGCAAAGUGUGUCCAGCGGAUGUCCGGCUGCGAAUUGAACUUCGUUCUGCAGUUUCCGAAGCAGCCACCCUGGCAGCACGCUAUCAACAACUGCCGAUCGUGCCCGAAUGUCCUCCGGAGGUCUACCACGGCGAGUGUCACAUGAAUGUGAUUCGUAAAAUGCAAGCUAGUUUCUCCUGGGACUGGGGACUGGCUGCACCAUCGAUGGGCCUAUGGAAGCCAGUCCGGUUGGAGUAUUACAACUCGGCCAAGCUGAGGGAUGUUACGUUUGCCCUCACUGAAAAAGGGGACUAUUGGAAUGUUCGGCUUGGGGUUUAUUUGGAAACCGGUACCGUUGUCCAGUCAGUUGAGGGAACGUUGAGUUUUAAUAUAGUGGGAUUAAGUGGCUUAGCAGAGCAAACGAUCGCAGUUGACCAGAAGAGUGGUGAAAACGGUGAGCUGCUGGUGGAGAAUGUGCUGAAGGUACCAAAGCAAACGGUUGAGCUCUGGUGGCCUAACGGCCAUGGUGUGCAAAAACUGUACGAUCUCCGUGUGCAAUGGGAAGAUGAGCUCCUACCUCCUAGCGCACCGGCCGAGAAAGUUAUUCGCGUAGGUUUUCGAAGCAUAGAACUUGUGCAGGACAAAACUGACGAUGGAUUGACAUUUUACUUUCUGGUAAACAAUGUCCCCAUAUUUAUGAAAGGAUCAAACUGGAUUCCGGCCUCUAUUCUACCGGAAAAAUCUUACGACGAAGAUUAUGUGAAAUAUUUACUAACUGCCGCGCGAGAUACCCAUAUGAACAUGCUUCGUAUAUGGGGUGGAGGCCUUUACGAGAGCGAUUACUUCUACCAACUGGCUGACGAGCUGGGAAUUCUCAUCUGGCAUGAUUUAAUGUUUGCAUGUUCUAUGUAUCCGGCGGACGAAGCAUUUUUAAAUAACGUUGCACUGGAGGUACAACAAAACGUGAAGCGCAUACAGUAUCACCCGAGUGUAGCCCUGUGGGCUACCAACAAUGAAAACGAAGUUGCCCUGCGGCAGAAUUGGUACGGAACUCAGUGGAAAGAGGACGCUUACAUCGAGGAAUACAAGCAACUUUAUGUGAAUGUUGUUGAAGCAGAAAUAUUGAAAAUUGAUAAGUGGCGAACGGUGCUAAUUUCAUCACCAUCGAAUGGUGAUUUGUCCACGCUGCAAAAUUAUAUUGCAGACAACCCUCAGGAUCCUCGAUAUGGAGAUGUUCACUAUUACAACUACGAAGACGACGGUUGGGAUCCUAACACCUAUUCCGGAGGUCGUUUUAUAUCCGAAUAUGGAUACCAAUCGUUUCCGGCCCUUUCCAGUUGGCCUACCGAAAACUUUACAGUGGAAGAUUUAUCCGAUCUGAUCGACCACCGCCAGCACAGUCCGUUAAGAAACGAACCGAUCAUGGUGAUGAUCGAGAAAAAUCUUCCAAUGCCAGCGGAAAACUCUGCAAACUAUUGGCGCGAUCUCAUAUAUCUUAGCCAACUGUCGCAAGCGAUGAUUGUGAAAACUGAAACCGAAGUCUAUCGAUCGAAACGGCUCGAACAAGGUACAAUGGGAGCACUCUACUGGCAGCUUAACGAUGUAUGGACUGCCCCGUCGUGGUCAAGUAUAGAGUACGGUGGAAAGUACAAAAUCCUACACUACUGGAUGAAACAGGUGUUCUCGGAAAGUCACGUUGUCGCUAGUAUCAACCGCGAUAAAAUGAUGGAUUUAUACCUAAUCCGUGAUACGCUGGGAGAGGAUGAGCAUUGGACCAUUCGCAUGUAUCUUCAAAGUUGGUCCAGUUUCGAACCAGUUCAUGAAAUCAUUUUCGAUUCCACCAGAGUACCAGAAAACACGGUCGUUAAAAUUAGCAACUUUAACGUCUACAAUUAUCUGGAACGGUUCAAUGCAAACCCAGCCGAUCAUCUCCUACGCAUCAAGUUGUUCUCGCAAAACGACACAAAACUUUCGGAAAACUUUUUGCUUCUCGAUAAAAUUAAAAACGCCUUUCCGCUUCCCAAGAAUCCCACAGUAGAAGUUACGAUUGUUGCGAUGAAAUGUAGCGUAACUACCGGGAAAGUUACCUACAGUCUUAUGGUAAACGCUAAAUCGCCAGCCCUUUUCGUGUACCUGGACCUUGCACCAACAGGCAAUGACGGUGUAAAACAAUGCCAUUUUUCCGACAAUGGUUUUCUGCAGUUCCGUCCGACGGUGUUUGUUCAGUUAGAGUGUGUAGAAGUUGGGUGCAGAUCGAGCCUGCGUGCAACCGAUGUCGUCGUUCUGGCAGUGAAUCAAUUGUGAGAAUAAAGUCAGUGUCAAUAAAUUAUCCUUAA